UAGCAAUUCUUCAAGAACGCCAUGAGAACUAUGCACACAGCGGCGGUAGGAGAGCAAGAGGAGUCUUGAAUGUCACCCGGCCAUUAGCUAGCAAUUACACAAUUAGUUAUUAGUACUCCAUAGGCUGAUCGAGUGUAAUGUCGCCGCGCAUAGUGCUAGCAUUUUGGUAUGCCAUUUUCGCUUGCGUGUGUCACGCUGAUCUACAAGUUGAGUAUCCAUAUUGUUUUCGCUUCACAUGGAUUGGUCCAUAUCAAGAUAAGCGCCAUAUUGCCGGUUUGACGUGUGAACAUUUACGCGAAGAUUUCAAAAAUGUGCCAUGUAGGCGCCCAUUAGUGGCUACGGAUAAUGAUGCCAUACCAGAUACGGCGGACUUGUGGCGUACUAACAUUAAAAACCCAAAUGCAUUUGGUUGUCCAAUGGUUCCGGGCGAGACGUGUGUUAAGUACACGUAUAUCUAUAAUAAAGGAGGUUGA